AUGCCAUUGUUGGAUGACAAGCUUAAGACACAAGUAAAGCUCAAUCUAACGCCCUUGUAUCUGCUUGAAUAUGUGUAUGAUGAGUCCUUGUGUCUGUCUAGAGGGAAUGUAGGAGGGAAAGAAUGCAUAUAUUACAAUGGCAUGCAGCUGUCCAUACUCAAUACUACUAGACCAUCACUGUCAGAGAAACGAGCUCAAAGGCACCAUAUUGCAUCGUGUGUGGUUCUUCUCUUGGAGGACAUAGUCACUGCUCUACAUGCUCCCAAUCCUAAGCGACCUUGCCAUGUCCAUUCGGUUACCACUUCCAGCAAAAACACUAGCUCCCUCUCUAAUGCUCCCGGUUUUAACCAGAGUGACGUUCAUUCGACUAUCUCUUCUUUUCUCUCACUGCCGGUCUUGCCUUUGUUCUCCUCGUCGCUCCCAUUGGCUGCUCCUUUGAUCGAGUGCUUGAUAGUUAUCCCCAGAGCUACCGAAACUUCUGGUGAUGAAUUCGAUCAGGAUCACUUCCUAAAUUGUACUCUCCAACUCGCAUCCCUUCUUUACAAGUCAACCAUACGGUGCAUUAGGAAGUGUACCACCCUCCAUAAUUCCAUAUCAUGGCCUCUCCUCCCUGAACUAACCACUAAGGGCUCUGUUCUCGCACCUGAUCACAUCGUCAAAGUAACAAAUUGA